AUGGCACCAACACGAUUCCCGGAACGAUAUCAUGACCCGGAAUAUCAAUCAACGCACAGAGCACUACAUUCCGAGUCUUUGACGCGCCCGCUCGAAGCCGUGCUUCCGCCUGGAGUGAGCCAGGCCGACUUCGACAGUGCGAUCAAGGAGUACGCUGCCAUUGUUGGGCACGAUGGAGUCUUUACCGGGCAGGCGCUGGAAGACUACAUCGAUCCCUAUGAGCUUUGGGAAGCGGAUGGAAAGAGAAGAAUGCCGAGCGGCGCAGUCUGCCCGCGUUCGAUAGAGGAGCUGAGAGGUGUUCUACGGAUUUCCAACAAGUACGGAAUCCCAGUGUGGACCUUUUCUCGUGGGAAAAACUUGGGAUACGGAGGUCCGGCGCCGCGGUUGAACGGGUCGCUCAGCCUCGACCUGCACCGCAUGAACAAGAUAAUCGAAGUGAACGAAAAGUUCGCCUACGCCGUGGUCGAGCCAGGCGUGACCUUCACCGACCUCUACGAGCACUGCGCGAAGCACAAGCUCAAAGUCUGGCCCAGCGUGCCCUCUCUGGGCUGGGGCAGCGUCAUCGGGAACACGCUCGACCGCGGCACCGGCUUCACGCCCACAGCAACGCACCACCAGCACAUCUGCGGCCUGGAAGCCAUGCUCGCCGACGGCACGCUCGUGCGCAGCGGGCAGUACGGCGUCACGCACUCGCCCUCGGCGCACCUCUCCAAGUUCUCCUUCGGGCCCUCCGUCGAAGGGCUCUUCCUCCAGAGCAACCUCGGGGUCGUCACCAAGAUGGGCAUCUGGCUGACGCCCGCGCCGGCCGCGUACAUGGCGUGCGCCUUCGACGCGCCGGACCUCGCGGACAUCGAAGCCAUCGUCGAGGUUUUUGGAGCGCUGAGGCGGGAUGGACUGCUGCCGAGCACGGUGUACGUGUCCGGCCUGGUCGAGUGGGCGGCUAUGAUGGGCCCGCGGACGGAUGUGUGGAAAGGCGCCGGCCCGAUCCCGGAGGCGCGGUUGAAGGAGUUGCAGGCGCAGCUGGGUGUUGGGGCGUGGAAUGCGCGCUUCGGGCUGUACGGGCGCGCGGCCGUGGUAAGGGCGCAGUUCGACGAGCUGAAGGCCAUCGUUGAGGCGAAGAUUCCAAGGGGCAGGCUGCAGGGGACGCUGUUCGCGGCGGAUCAGCGCAAAGGCGAGACGACGCUCGAUCCGACGAGCGUGCCCGAGCCGCAUGGUGGAUUCUGGGUGGGCGUGCCGAGUCUGUGGAGCUUGCCCAUGGUGAAGUUCAGGCUGCCUGAGGACGGAAGGGGCGUCGCGGCGCACAUCGACUACUCGCCCAUAAUCCCGUCGGAUGGGAAGACAGUGCUGGACUGGGUCAAGACGGCCAAGGGGAUCUGCGAGGCCGAGGGGUUUGAUCUGAUGUGUGACUUUUUCAUGCAUGAGAGGCAUGUCAUCUUCGUCAACAUGAUGACGUUCGAUAAGACGGAUGUGGAGCAGCGCAGGGCUGUGGAGGCUAUUUUUCAGCGGCUGUUCCAGGAAGGAAAGAAGCGGGGCUUCAGCAAGUAUCGGUCGCAUGUCAACUACAUGGAUCAAGUAGCUGAUCUGUAUGACUUCAACAAUCACGCGUAUCGGCUGUUUGUCGAAAAGAUAAAGGACACGCUCGACCCGAACGGCAUAUUGUCACCUGGAAAGCAGGGCAUCUGGCCGCGGAAAUACCGGGACAAGGAGGCACUGAAAUCGCAUCUGUGA